GAUUGUAGGAGGUAUUGCCUUUGCUGCCAUUGUAGGUAAGUAAGAUAGAACUGUUCCAGUGUUUCGUUGGGUAACCCUCUAUAAUUGACAUGAACACUUUUAGUGAUCAUUGCUGUCUUGUUCACAAGACGACGACAACGUAAAACAAGAGACAAAAGUAAAUAUGAUUCAGGGGAAGGUGUAGGUCUGAGCGAUCUGGAUGCUGGUGCUGGUGGUGGUGUAGGUGGCAACCGUAUUUUUGACGAGGGUAUCAAUACUGUUCCCUACCAUCACUACUAUCAUGAGGGUGAUUCUCCAACAAUAAAUGCAAACGAUAUCAACCACAACAAUAAGAACCACGCUUAUCAUUCUUACAACAGCAAUAACAACAACAGUCGGCCUUUGUCGAUGACGACAGCUACUGCUGCUGCUGCUGCUGCCGCUGCUUCUCAGCCACCCUCUCGUCCUUUGGUGCAACCCUAUAAUCCAGACACCACCAUUUCCAUUAGUACACCUCGGUAUGAUCAUCCAUUACAGCAGCAGCAGCAGCAACAACAACAACAGCAGCAACAACAGCAACAGCAACAGCAACAGCAACAGCAACAGCAUUAUUUCACGAAUCAUGACUAUCAUCAUGCCAACAGUAACGACUACGAUUACGGCAAUCCUUCGGCCUAUUACCAUCACCCAUCCGAUUAUGGUAUUCGCUACUAUCCCUAUCCGACACAGCAAGACUACAGUGAUUACAAUGCUCUACCGCAGCCUCCACCCCAUGAGCAAUUUAUGGUCCCUAUCUCAAGCUCUAUACCUACCGGUUUGAGUGGUCGAAACGUGCCAGAUGAAAAUGAUUACAAUCAAACCCCUUCUUCUUCAUUCAAAAGAAAAGAAUCAAGACAUGUUCCCAAUGAAGUGGCCACGGCCGCGACGGCGACAACAACAACAACAACAAUGUCCACGGCCAACAACCAUGACGCAGCCCUCCUUCCUCAGGACACUGCUACGACAACAGCAACAUCAGAUGCGACGCAAGCGGCUUUACCACCUCAAGAAAACAAACAUGAAUAAAUGUAAACAACGACCCCUUACCAACGACGGUCGUUCUCAAUCAUACCCUCCACAGGUAUUCUUUCUUUUGUACACAAUCACACAUCAUACUCUCUAUUUUUACGAAAGUAGCCUAGCCAUUUCCAUCUUGAUAAUACUUAAUACCUUUCUUUUUGGGGCCUUUUGAUACAACCU